AUGGUCGCCUUCCUCAACACGAAGCAGGCGUUCGACGACGCUCUCGCUGGCGCAGGCCUGGUCGCGAUCGACUUUACUGCCUCGUGGUGCGGGCCGUGCAAGAUGAUCGGGCCGCGCUUUGAAGCCAUGAGCACCUCGGGCGAAUUCCCCUCUGUCUGCCAGGUUGACGUCGACGAGAACCAAGAGGCGGCGGCGGCGUGCGGCAUCCGGUCGAUGCCAACCUUCCAGCUCUUCCGAGGCGGCGUCAAGGUGGACGAGUUCUCGGGCGCGGAUGAGAAUCGUCUGCGUGCCCUCCUCCGGCAGCAC